AUGAUAUCCAAAAAAGAUCAGUUAUUAAAUCUUAUUAAUCUUUCUAAUAUUGCUAAAUCUAAUAAUGAAGAUCAAAUGGAUAUUGAUCAAAAUGAGGAACUUAAUAUUGCUAUUCAACUUGCAGUAGUAUUAUAUCAACUUGAAACAAAUUCUUCUCUUUGGACUAUUGCAACUUUAUUUAGAAAAAAAGUAAAUCAAGAAUUUGAAGAUUUAGGUUUUCCAAUAGCAAUUGGAGCAAUUAAUGAAACUCAUAUACCUUUAAAUAAAGCUCUAAGUAAAAUUAAUAAGAAUAUAUAUAUAUCUCGUAAAUAUCAAUAUGGUAUUUAUUUACAAGAAAUUGUUGAUCAUAAAGGAUAUUUUAUUUCUUAUAAUAUUGGUUGGCCUGCAUCAGUUCAUGAUGCAAAAAUAAUGACACCUUUUAAAGAUCCACAAAGUUUAAAUGCAGAAAAACAAAAAUAUUAUAAUACAAUUCAUAGUAAAGCAAGAGUUGUUAUUAAGCAAGCAUUUGGAAGAUUAAAAGCUAGAUUUUCUUUUUUAAAAGAAAUGAGAUUGAAGGAUACAACCAAAGAAACAAAAAUUAUAAAUAUUGCUUUAAUUUUACAUAAUUUUAUUGAAAAAAAUAAUAAUAAAUAG